AUGGACAACUACUUGUUUUUAUCUAUCUAUCUAUCUAUCUAUCUAUCUAUCUAUCUAUCUAUCUAUCUCAUUCUGUUCCUAUCUAUCUAUCUAUCUAUCUAUCUAUCUAUCUAUCUAUCUCAUUCUGUUCCUAUCUAUCUAUCUAUCUAUCUAUCUAUCUAUCACAGUCUGUUCGUAUCUAUCUAUCUAUCUAUCUAUCUAUCUAUCUAUCUCAUUCUGUUCCUAUCUAUCUCUAUCUAUCUAUCUAUCUUCUGUUCCUAUCUAUCUAUCUAUCUAUCUAUCUAUCUAUCUAUCUAUCCAUCUCAUUCUGUUCCCAUCUAUCUAUCUAUCUAUCUAUCUCAUUCUGUUCCCAUCUAUCUAUCUAUCUAUCUAUCUAUCUCAUUCUGUUCCUAUCUAUCUAUCUAUCUAUCUCAUUCUGUUCCCAUCUAUCUAUCUAUCUAUCUAUCUAUCCCAUCUGUUCCCAUCUAUCUAUCUAUCUAUCUAUCUAUCUAUCUAUCUAUCUCAUUCUGUUCCUUAUCUAUCUAUCUAUCUAUUUAUCUAUCUAUCUAUCUAUCUAUCUCAUUCUGUUCCCUAUCUAUCUAUCUAUCUAUCUAUCUAUCUAUCUAUCUAUCUAUCUAUCUAUCUCAUUCUGUUCCCAUCUAUCUAUCUAUCUAUCUAUCUAUCUCAUUCUGUUCCCAUCUAUCUAUCUAUCUAUCUAUCUAUCUAUCUAUCUAUCUAUCUCAUUCUGUUCCUAUCUAUCUAUCUAUCUAUCUAUCUCUAUCUCAUUCUGUUCCCUAUCUAUCUAUCUAUCUAUCUCAUUCUGUUCCUAUCUAUCUAUCUAUCUAUCUAUCUAUCUGUCUAUCUCAUUCUGUUCCUAUCUAUCUAUCUAUCUAUCUAUCUAUCUAUCUAUCUAUCUCAUUCUGUUCCUAUCUAUCUAUCUAUCUAUCUAUCUAUCUCAUUCUGUUCCUAUCUAUCUAUCUAUCUAUCUAUCUAUCUCAUUCUGUUCCUAUCUAUCUAUCUAUCUAUCUAUCUAUCUAUCUAUCUAUCUAUCUAUCUAUCUAUCUAUCUGUUUGUCUGGUUAUCUGUCUGUCUCUUUGUUUACCUAUCUAUCCUUUCUUUGAUUUGUUUUUUUCUGCAUUUUACUUACUUUUUCUCGUCAAUUUCUCUUUUCUGGUUGGGGGAGUAUCUAACAUUAGUACCCUAAUCUCACUUUCUUUCUUUCUUUCUUUGCUUUUCACUUCUUUCUUUCUUUGCCUUUCUCUUUUUUUUUCUUUUCUCUCCGGCUUCUUUAACAUUCUCCUUCUCUUUCCAUUCUCUUCCGCAUUUCCUCUCCUUUAUUUUUCCCACUUUUUACUACAAUUCUUAGAUUUCUCCAUUUCCUGUUCCCGUGAAAAGAAAGCAGCCUCCGCCGAUUGCGUUGCAACUGCAGCCUCCGCUGCCGAUACGGCCGCCCUCGCAGAAGAAAGCGCUUCGACAAGAAACGUGACGUCAGCCCCCAGCCUUGGUGGGAAGAGAGCGACGUCUAGCGCCGACACAAAGAUUUCAACGACAAAAGCACACGUACCAGGUAGAGAGGUAAUCGCCUCGGCUAACGGCAGCACCACAACUACACGUACCACAAUGACCGCGACCACGACGACCACGACGACCACAAAAACAGCGUCUGACUCAAAGACUACCACACCACCUACUACCACAUCGACAACGUCGUCCAAACAAGGGACCCAAACGGACGCGGCUCGCGCUGCUCCGUCCAAAUCGUCAGCUGUGGCCGCGGCGGCUGCGGCACUGUCAUCUUCGACAUCUAAGACCAGCACGGACACUAAAAAGCCACCAACCAAUAUCAAAAUUUCCAGUUCAACAGCAUCGGCUAAAAAACUAGCUGAGAAAUUUGGUGGUCUGAAAAGUACUUCCAGCGCGGAGCCGGCCCGACCAACACCCGGCAAAUUACAACUGACAUCAAAAUCACCGGCAGCCAAAGAAUCUCCAUUAACACCCGGGGUAUCUACCACGACGACGUCAUCGACAACAAAAACCGCUACUGACAAAGUGACCACCACUAAGUCACCAUCAUCAACGCUCACCGCAACAAAAAACACAGGAGCAACACUGACAACUACCAAACCCAGUGAAGACAGAAGCCUUACUUCUGUUACUCAGAGUGUUAAAACUCCGUCAGAGCCGGCGCCAUCCUCUUCUCUUUUAUCAGAUAAAAAACUAAACACUGCUACAAACGAUGAGAAAAUUUUACCUAAAAAAACUGAAGAGCCUGUUAGUACGAUUGUCGGCAAGUUACCAAGUGAGAAAAAAAAAGAAGAAAACAAAUCUACGGAUAGUGUCGGAGGCGGAGAUCAGACUAAUAAUAAAUUCAAGACUUCAGAUUCCGUUUUAAGCGGCAUUAAAAAAUUUGGCGGACCCCCGUCACCGUCCACGCCUGGUGCACAGGACCCGCCACAGUUGAAGGUGACCACUGGCCGGCGGUCUCUAACACCGACAGCAUCGGUCACAACACCUUCACCGUUGGCGAAUGCAGCGGCGGCAGCAGCAGCCGCCGCCGCGGCCGCCGCUACUGCGAGUCAAACUACCAUGGCGGAAUACAGACCUGGUGAAGAAUUCGGGGAAAAUUCAGGCUACAUGAGGCAACCUUCGUCGACAAGGUUAAGCGAAGAGGAUCCAUCUACGAUGUCUACUUACGCCACAACCUCCGGAGCUGAGGUAUCCACCGAUGGUCAACAUUACGCAGCCCACUCAUAUCAGGGAUCGAACGUAACCGUGAGGACAACGCGUAUUCAAGAUGGUGGUGCUGAGUACGGUGCAGGGAACUAUGGAAGGUCUGUCGGGGAAUACUCCCGCCAGUGUUCGUCAUCGUCCACUUCAUCGUCUUCCUCCGACGGAAAGAUCCGAAAGCCGAUUGUUGUUGAAGUUCAGGUACGUAGGGGUCAGCGCACAACCCAACAAUCAAAUCAACCAAGCGGGCGGUCACCGUCCCCAGCCCCUGCUUUCAUGGUUAUAUCCCCGCAGGGUAACAAUCGGUUAAUGCGGUCAUCCUCGAGUGGCUUCAGAUCAAUAUCAGGUUUCCCUUCGGGUCGAACUAGUCCGGUAAUUUUUGGUUCUAGUGGAAUGUACGGUGGGGGUGUUAUUGACGAUGGCGGGAGCAGUGAGAGGAGUUGGGAUAGUGGAGGGAGCUGUUACAGUCCAUCCCCUUCCUCUUGCUCCUCACCUGUCUCUUCGUCUAUGCGCAGUGUGUACCGUCCAUCCCCUUCGCCGUCUCCGACCCCGGGCACUGGGCCACGUGUUAUCCCACUUCCGGUUUUGCAUACUACAUCGGCGGCGAUGGCGGCGGCCGGGGCGGGAGGAGGUUCCUCAGAAUAUGGGGCCUUCCGCUCGGCAUCGCCCUACAGUCCUGGCUACUCUACCCCACCCCCAGGAUACAACACACCUCCGCCGCCUUACUCUCCCACUGCAGACCCCGCUCCUUCAAGCACUCAGUGGAGAGGUGCCAACUAUCCCGUCCAACAAUUUACUACGCCUUACAACCACGGUAUCAGCAGUGGUGAUGGAAUUCGCCCCAACUACUACAACACAAGUGCUGACGCACCCCUAAACACUAAUAUUGCUCCGAAUGUAAAUAAAAAUAAUCGAGCUUUUAACUAUAAUAACUCACAAGAUUAUGAGGCCAGAGAUGGCCGACCGGCUGAGCAAUACUACCAACAGCCAGGAAUAACUGACUUCAGUAAGAAAGAUGAUAGCGACACGAGCUUUGUCUCUGAUAGGGUCUACGCAGGUACAACUUACCCUGGCAAGAACGAAGAUAUUCUCCAUCACCCUCACGUAAAUAACGAUAGAGGCGAUGGAGUAUUGGGUUACCAGCAGAAAACGAAACAGCAGCGCGCAGGGGAGUAUAUGAGAUGUCAUAGUGACGAAAGCGCUCCGGAUAUAUCUGAACGAGGAGCAGUUUCAAGGCACCCCGGCCAGGAGGAUAAUACAGUAAUCAGCUCUGCUGAUGCUGUAGUUUCUUCGGGUUCCCCUGCGGCUCUGUCAGCCGUCGCUCAACCUCCAGUGUCCAUUUCGAAUGUAGCCAAGGAGGAGGGGAGUUCUGUAAAGACUACCCGAGAAAACAACCGGGACCAGGGGCCGAAAGAACAGAAAAAUGAAUUCCCUGACAAGCCCGGUUCAAGAAGUGACCGUCGGGGUAGUAGCUCGUCGACCGAAUCUCUGUCGCCAGAACCGGACAAGGGUCUUUCGUCCAAGGAAAGACUAAACUUUAGAAUCCAAAUAUCAGAGCUUGAAGACAAAGUCUACAAACUUGAACGCAAAAACACAAAACUUCAAAAGGAGUUUGGAGAAAAGCUUGCCUUGGAAAAAAUAAUCGGGGAACUUAAGAACCAACUAAGAAGUAUGGAGCGGAAAUGCAGUGGUUUGGAAGAGGAGAAACAGGAGUUAGAAGAUCAAAUUCAAAUCGAGAAGGUCAAAGUGACCAAAGGUCAACUGGAGAGUCGGAGUUUAAUGGAGUUGCGCAAGCUAUUAGAAGAGAGUGACCAGGCACGCAUGAAGCUGACGGAGGAGAAUGAGCUCCUGCGGGACGAGGUCAAUGAGAUGAAAGUGGAGAUAGAUGAAAUGUAUGAUCAGUUCCGUGAGUCGGAGGCCGAGGACUUCAGAGAGCUGCAGAAGGAGCUAGAAAUCACAGCGAAGAACUGCCGUAUCCUGCAGUUCAAACUACGGAAGGCCGAAAGGCGCAACGAACAAGUAGAAGCCGAUCGGGAACAGUAUGAAGAGAAACUGCGGACUCUGCAGAACGCUUUCGAAAACGAAGACGCGAGGAGGCACAUCCAGGCAUUGGAAGAAGAGGUCAAAAUGGCCAAAGAAGUCUCCGUACGCCUUCAUGACGAACUGGACAUUCUCGAGGAGAAGCGAGCUCGGGUCGAAGAAGACAACCGGAAGUUGCAAGACAUGCUGGAAUUAUCCGACAAGAAGAACUUCCGGAUGGAAAUGGAGAUUGAUAAACUUCGAGAUAAGGUAAGGAUGAUUUUUUUUUAA